AUGGAACAAGCAUGCGAUUUAUGUAGAAUCAAAAAGCUUAAAUGCUCGAAGGAAAAACCAAGAUGUACAAAAUGUCGAAAGAAUAAUUGGACUUGUACGUAUUCACCUAAAAUUAAACGUUCACCACUAACAAGAGCUCAUUUAACAGAAGUCGAAAAUAAACUUAACUUAUUACAACAACUAUUUCAACGAAAUUUCCCAGGUCAAAAUAUUGAAACAUUUCGUAUUGUGGAUUCUAGUACAGCUUUUAGAAAUAAUAAAAAUAAUAAUGAAAAUGAAGAAGACAGUGAUCAAGAAUCUGGCAAUGAAUCUAGUCCAUUUCCUGCACCUACACAAAUAAAAUUAGAACCCCCUACAACGUCUACUAUAUCAUUAAAUACAAAAUAUUCAUUACGAUCGCCUUUUGUUACUCCAAGAGUUCCGGUAAUGUUAAAUGAAAGUCUCCCAAAUGAUUUAUUGCAUGGAUUUGAUUGGAAUGAUAAUAAAAAUAUUGGUCCAAUGUAUGGUAGUGGAUUUUAUGGUCCUGCAUCAUCUGUAUCAUUAUUAAAAUUACACGCUAUUGUAUUUGAUCCAAAUAGAGUAGACGAAGAUAAUACACCAGGUGGUGGAACUAUGGCCCAUUAUAAUCAAAACUCAGUCAUAAUAGAUAAAGUUCAAUUGACAAAACGUGAAACAACAUCAAGAUUUGUACAGUCUUAUUUUGACAAUUUUCAUCCAUUCCAUCCAAUUUUAGUUGAGGAUGAAUUUAUGAAAAUAUAUAAUGAUACUACAACCACAUCCUUCAGUGAUAAAUGGCAACCAUUAUACAACAUGGUCCUGGCCAUUGGAUCAUGGUGUAUCAAUGGAGAUUCUACAGAUAUUGACUCACAUUAUUUUGCAAAUUGUAAAUCUUAUUUAUCCUCUGGAAAGGAUAGUUCUUUAAAUGAUUUACUUUUUUUAGAGAACGGUACAAUUGAUCUUGUGAUUGUACUGAACCUUAUUGCAAAUUAUCUGUUUCUAAGGAAAAAAUUCAAUGCUAGUUAUCAAUUUAAUGGAGCAGCAGUGAGAAUGGCUUUAUCACUGGGGCUUAAUUAUAAUAUUCAUAUUCAAUUACCUACACAGGCUCAACCACAAGAAAGACAAUUAAGUGAAGUUAAUAAUUAUAAACUUAUCCAAAGAAAAUUAAUAUGGUGGUCUAUCAUUAAUUUGGAAUUGAAAUUAAACCUUCUUAUCUUUGAUAGAACAUCUACGGCUUUAAACUCAAAUUCCAAUCUAUUUAAUUGCAUGACAAACGAUAUUGAUUUAUCUUCAGUGACUAACAAUAAUCUGUUAUAUUUUAACAAUUUGAAGCUUAAUCUACAUCUUUUAGACAUCUUUAAUGUAUUUGUAGUAGGACUGAACCACAAACAAUUUGACUACGAUGAAUUACUGAAAAUAUUAAACGAUAGGGAAUUCUGUGAACUGAAAGAUGAAGAAAAUAUUUCAAACAUCAACGAAAGAGUAUUUAAAUUUUUAUUCAGUAGUAGAAAAUUCUCAUUGAAGUUCUAUCUAAUCAAGAAAUUUAUCUCCAAUUCAUACUCCCAAGAAGAAUCAGUGAAUAAUUUGAUUCAGUGCAGUGAUUUAAUAAUGGAGACAAUAAACGGAUUUAUAGCAUUAUUAGAUUCAUUUAUCCAUAAUAAUGAAACAAUCACAAAUGCAUUAACUCCUUUAGUAAUAACUACAUGUGUUGAAGAAACUUUCCAUUCUGCGGUUCUGGUUAUUUUACAAUUAUAUGAACCGGGAGACGAAAACAAACAAGUCUUUGUUGAACAAAUAGACAAAUUUAUCGAAUUCUUAAAAUUUUUCAAUAAUUUUAAAAACUUGAAGUCUUCGUCGUUGAACAAGUAUCUAAGUAUUUUUGAGGAAACACUUCAAGACUUCAAAAAACUUUCAAGUACUCAGGAUGAAGAUCUCAAAAUUGAAUUGACUAACGCACCUUCCACGACAUUUGUAAGCGCACCCCGUACAGUUGGUGACAACAAGAGCCUGACACCACUCGUUUCAAAUGAGAAGACACUACAGACAAGGUCUGCACAGUAUAACCAAGUAAAUAACCAGAAUUCAACCGUGGCUACACAAGUGGGAUCUCCUGGAUUAUCUGAGGUCAUGGAUAGCAAGAGUUAUAAUGAUUUAGUUAAUCUGCUCUCUGUAGGAAAGCAACAAUCAAAUAAUGGUAGUUUUAACAACCACCCGGUUCAAUUCCCAACUUCACCAUUUAAUAUGUCGAAAUUCGGAGCAAUGUCUCCAAAAAUUCAACAAAUGUCGGUGCCAUAUAUUCCUCCGUCAAUGAACAAUCCUAAGCCAACCAGUAAUACAAAUCGCAUUUUUAACAUCCCCCAGCCAGGAUCAAAUACAAUGGCCUCUGUUUUCCCAUCGACAAUAUAUGAAGGUAGUACCAGUGCAGGAUAUCCCAACACUUCAAGCUACCAAUCGAUUAUGAAUGGGAACAGUGGUACAAUUCCAGGAUUACAAAGUCCAAGCAAGAACAAUAACAAUAAUAACACUUCAUUUAUACCCGAUCUUUCGGGUACAACGAGCAGUGCUUCAUUACUCAACUCCACGACCAUUCCAACCAAUAACAAUAAUGCCAUGGUUGCGAAUAACAACUCUAACAGCAUGAGCAUCCCACAAACACCAAGUGGAUUUCAAGAGAACUUAUGGAAUGAUACUACUGCAUUCAAUGCACUUGGUGUAACAUCUGGUUUAUUCAAUACUACUACUAUGGAUGAUGUCUACAAUUAUUUAUUCGACGACGAUAUUACUGGGUCCAAUACUGUAAAUGAAGGCGCCACAACUGCUGGUAACAAUGACCAAACCCAGGCACCAUUUGCCAAAAAGUAA